UUUCGCUUUCAUCCCAAACUCAACCAUCGAGUAAGUCGUUACAACAAGGCUUCCUCGGACAAAGAUGAGGAUCAACAUGAAGCUGUGCCUAGUGGUGUUGAUGGUCGCAGUGAUGUAUGUCGCUGCAGAGCCAGAACCAGAACCUGAACCGGAGCCCAUCCAUGAUGAGAAAAAGGUUAUUGUCAUAAAAGACAAGAGUGAGCACCAUCACCAUCACCACCACCACCACCAUCAUCAUCAUAAACACGGACAUGACCAUAAACAUGAGCACGGACACAAGCACGAGCAUGGGCACAAGCACGGACAUGCUCACAAACAUGAGCAUGGACACAAGCACGCUCACGCCCAUAAACACGAGCACGGUCAUAAGCACGAACACGGACACAAACACGCUCAUGCCCACAAGCAUGAACAUGGACAUAAGCACGCUCACGCUCACAAGCAUGGCCACGAACACAAGCACGGGCACUUGCACAAACAUGGUCAUGAACACAAACAUGGACAUGAACAUAAACACGAACAUGGUCACAAACACGGACAUCUGCACAAGCAUGAGCACGGACACAAACAUGGCCAUCAUCACCAUCACGCUCACAAGCAUGGUCACGGACACAAGCACGAGCACGGCCACAAACACGGUCACGGACAUAAACAUGAACAUGGCCACAAACACGAGCACGGACACAAACAUGAGCACGGACACAAGCACGGACACGGACACAAGCAUGAGCACGGACACAAACAUGGCCACAGUCACCUUCACAAACAUGGCCACGAACACGGACACAAGCACGGUCAUGAACACAAACACGGUCACGAACAUGGACAUAAGCACGGACACGCUCACAAGCAUGGACAUGAACAUAAGCACGGUCAUGCUCACAAGCACGGACACGCUCAUAAGCACGGACAUGGACACAAGCAUGGUCACGGCCACAAACACGAGCACGGUCACAAGCACGCCCACGGACACAAGCACGCUCACGGACACAAGCACGGUCAUGAACACGGCCACAAACAUGGUCAUGGCCACAAACACAUCUGGCAUGGAAUCAUUGGAGGACAUUCUUUCGCUGCACCUCACGGACUGGGACACAUCGAACCUGAAGUCCACGGAUUUGAAGCUGAGGAAGAACCCAUUCAUGGACAUGGUUUGGAUAUCGAAGCUGAACCUGAAAUCUACAGUGAAGAACCCGAACAUGAAAUUUUUGAAGCCAAAUCUAUCGAUGAUGAAGAACUUCACGCUGGUUUCGAUUCCGAAAUAAAGCACGAGCCACUCAUCUCCGGAGGGCAUGGAAUCACUCAGGAGUACCGCAAAUUUGGAUCUCUCGGACUCUCCGAUCCUUUUUUCAGCAAACUCGGCGGUUCUGACUUCUCCUCCAUUGACAGGAAAGAUACCGUUGCCCACUAAAUAGGAAACAUGUUCAUAUGAAUUCCAAACGGUAGGCCAGAAGAUUUGCAUAAGGAAGCUAACUUAUGCCAUAAUUUAUUUAUAUAGCUUUGGCCAAAACAUUUGUACAAGCAAAAUGACUGCCGCAUAGAUCGGUCGUCGUUUUCUUCGUUUCGUCCUUUUUUUUUUGUUCCUGUUUUCAAGUCGUUCAUCCUCCUCCCAUGUUCUACUCUCGCAGUGAUAUGAACGUGGGACACACGCGAGGAUGUUUUGUGACGUCACAGGUCGAAGGGCUUUGUAAGAUAGUGUACAGAGAACCUUGUAAGGUGCUCGGCGACUAAAUUGUUAGAAAAUUGCUUUGUGUAAAAUAAAAGCUGCUUUUUAUAUA